AUGAAUACCCUCCAGGCUCUUACUCUCUUGGCUGCAAGCCUCUCUGUUGCCCAGUCCUUGGACAACAGGGCACUAAACCAAUUUCGAAACAUGAUCCUGUGUAUGAAGCCUGAUAGCUGGCCUAUUUUUGACUACGCUGACUAUGGGUGCUACUGCGGGAAAGGAGGCUCCGGCACACCUGUGGAUGAUCUGGAUAGGUGCUGCCAAGUGCAUGACCAGUGUUACAGUGAUUCUAUGCAACACCCUGAGUGCUGGCCCAUCCUGGACAAUCCUUACACCGAGUUCUAUGCAUACAGCUGUGAUAAGCAAAACAAGAAGAUCACUUGUAGCAAAAACAACGAUGAAUGCGAGAUGUUCAUCUGUGAGUGUGACAGGAAGGCAGCCGAGUGUUUUGGCAGAACACCUUGGAUCCCCGAGCACGAGCACCUGCCCAGCAACCGCUGUCAGUAA